AUGCUGCAUGGAGCGGGCAAACAGCACACUCACUCCUCACGCUCCUUCCGCUCCAACCUCACGUCCACACAUUACGCUGCUCUGCCCGACCAGGAAAGCCCGUCUUCGGUCGCUGCUGUGACAUCCUCCCGUCCCAGGACCUUUUUUUUUGACAUUUCCCAGUGUAGCGAGGGAACGCAAACAGACGUUUUAAUGAAUCAGUAUUCGCUCGCAGAGGCCAUGUCGGACAAGUAA